AGAAUUUAUGUACGCCUCCUACUUGUUUAUACCGAAAGAGAAAUCGGAAAACAACGACGCGAAGCAACGUUGCGUUCGUGCGGUACAUUUUUUUGGUGGAGCAGAUGGAUGGUAAUGAACGAUGGGUACCCCGGAGUCGGGUCUGUCGAAAGAAAUGAAAAAAAAAAAACCGGGAUUAAGAAAAUGGAAAGGGUACGAGACGCGGAUUACAAAUGGUGGCGAUGUCGGCGAGAGGCGCUGGGACGGGGAACAGGUUUAACAUCGGUUACUUACGCCGAAAAGCGGAAAAACGCAAUGGCCUCUCCUAAUGACACGAUUUCGGACUUCCGUGAGGGAUCACAAAUAUUGAAAACCCUAGAGAAUCGCUUCUCUCUUUUACAACCCUAUUACCUGCUCCGAGAAGUGUGGGAAGGUCGGUCGAAGGAGCAGAUGGCAAGAAACGGUUAUUAACAGAGAAAUAACAAGUCGUGAAAUCGAGUUUUCGAGAGGAGCGCGCGCGCGCGGCGCGCAGCGUAGAUUGAAAAACAGGGAGGAAAUUUGUAAGAAGCACUCGAAUCGGGUGGUAUGCAGCGCGAUAUAGGCGGGCUGCGCGGGUCGAUGACCGUAGAGUAACGCGAAUAACGUGCUUUGUUAAGGGCAGGUGUAGGAGACGGCGUUGGUGGUGGUGGUGGCGGCGGUGGUGACAGGGACGAGUAGAAAACGAGGGCGGAGGAAUCGAAGCCGCACACGAGAC